AUGGCACAGCCCGGUACAAACGAAAGUGCAACAUCGACCGAAACCGGCUCUACAUUUGCCGAGGGGACGGAUACUUCUCCGAAUGGAAAUCAAAGCCCCUCCAUCGAACCUAUUGAGAAUUGUCUCAUUCAGGAGCUUUCCAACAAUGGUUUGGACACACUCGUAGAGCGCGACGUCGAGAAGGCGGAGGUUACGAAUGGGGUGCAAGAUGACAAGCAAACAGACCUCGUGACAUGGGAUGGACCAACAGACCCUAUAAAUCCCCGAAACUGGCCCAUUCGUCGUAAAUGGAUAAUAACAUUCAUUGCUUCAGGCUUCUCUUUUGUCACGCCCCUGUCAUCCUCCAUGCUUUCGCCAGCGCUUGGAGUAAUUGCCAAUGAUCUUAGUAUCCAAAGCACUGUGGGUGAGAUGUUAGUCACAUCGAUUUUUGUUCUCGGCUACGCUAUUGGACCGCUCUUUUUUGGUCCUCUGUCCGAGAUUUAUGGAAGAUUGCCAGUCCUCGUUGGAUCCAAUAUAUUUUACUUGGUCUUCAAUACGGCCUGUGGCGGCUGUCGGACUUCAGUACAGAUGUGGAUCUUUCGGUUCUUGGGAGGACUAAGUGGCAGCGCCCCUCUUGCAGUUGGAGGCGGUGUCAUGUCGGACGUGUGGGAAAUUGAAGAUCGCGGUAAAGCAGUUGGAAUCUAUACGUUAAUGCCCCUUCUGGGUCCAGCGGUCGGUCCCAUUGCAGCAGGGUUUAUUGUUCAAUACUCCAGCUGGCGAUGGUGCUUCUACUCAAUUUCGAUUGCCGGUUGCUUGGUCCAGAUUUGUGCUUUUUUCUUCUUUGCAGAAACGAACCCGCGAGCUAUCCUAGAUGAAAAGGCAAGGGCUCUUCGCAAAAAGACUGGGAACGAACACCUAUACACGGACUGGGAUGACCUAGACCAAAAGCCCCUAACGAAGCUAGGCGUGGCAUUCAAAAGACCUUUCAAACUCCUAGCUACACAGCCAAUUGUGCAGUUCAUCGGUAUCUACAUGGCAUUCCUAUACGGUCUGAUGUAUCUUGUUCUAUCGACUUUCGCCGGACUUUGGAUUAACUCGUACCAUGAGACCAUAUCUAUUGGAGGUUUGAACUAUAUUUCUACCGGUCUGGGGUUUUUUGCGGGGUCGAGGUUCAAUGCCUUUUUCCAGGAUCGGGUUUACCGCCGACUAAAGGCACGCAAUGGUGGAGUUGCGAAGCCUGAGUUUCGAAUCCCACUCAUGGUACCAGGCUCAAUCCUAGUUCCAAUUGGUAUUUUCAUAUAUGCGUGGACCUCGGAAUACACCACAUUCUGGUUGUGGCCUAAUGUCGGUAUCUUCAUUGUGACUGUCGGUAUGAUUAUUUGCUUUCAGUCCAUGCAGGUAUAUGUAGUAGAGACAUACUCUCGUUACGCGGCGUCUGCAGUUGCUGCUACUGUUGUUCUUCGGUCUUUGGCGGGAUUUGGAUUUCCACUUUUUGCGCCUCAAAUGUACACUACACUUGGCUACGGGUGGGGAAAUUCAAUUCUCGGAUUUGUUGGCUGCGCUAUCGGCUGGCCUGCGGUGUUUGUCUUCUGGAAAUAUGGCAAAUGGCUCCGGGAAAGAAGCCCUUUUGCAGCUGGGGACACGCGAAGAUCUUUUUUUGGCCCUUGGAAUCUCUGUAUUGCUCUAUAUAUUGAACGCCGAGUGGCCCUCGGAGAUAUGGAAAGUCCCCGACAGCACCGGCGUCACAGGAGAAAGGUCCGGGAAGAAAAGCGACCCGCAUGCGAAGCGUGCAGAUCUAUGAAGCUGAGGUGCGAUGCUUUCACCGACUACUCUCGCCCUUGCUCUAGAUGCGUGAAAAAAGGGAUCGAAUGCACUGUGCUGGAGGCGAGGCGAAAGAAGCAAAGCGCAGAUGCGCCUCCGAGUAUUUUAUCCAACGGUUUUGACAUGUCUACUGUGCCCCAACUGACGCUCGAGCCUCGUACUGUACCGGCCUCUUUCCACACCCCAUUAAUAGAAUAUUGCUCAGCACCGCGAGUCAUCAACGGCAUCGAGGUUUCGCCUAGCCUUAUUGACACAUGUUUCAAUCUAUUCAACUGCCACUAUUCUCCUAUAAUGCCAAUUUUAUCGUCCGUUCCCACCCCUGACCAGACGUUUCGAGAGUCAGAACUCAAGUUUUGGGUGAUUGUCGCCAUUGGAUCCAGAAAGUGUACCCAAGAUCCUACACUGUUCUCACAAUUGUCCACUCCCGUGGAGAAUCUGGCUAUGAGCUCAUUAAGACUUACCAGAUCGCCUUGUCCCGUUAUCGAAGCCUUGCUUUUAAUCUGCACUUGGCAUAUUUCAAACGAUCGACCAUUCUUCUCUGGUAUCUACCUAACAUUUACGAGUACGGUUCUUCCGCUGGCGCUGCAGGCAGGUUUACAUCACUGCUGGCGCCUCCGUCCGACGUUUCGAGACGGAGAUUUGGUAGCAGACCCAGACGGAACCCGAGGUACAAAGCUUUGGGCUUAUUCUUCAAUUAUAAACCAAAAUGCUAUGAUUUCUAGCGGGCUCACUGUUAUGGACAUGCGCAGUGCCCAACACUUCCUGCAAGGCCGCGAAUGCUGUGCCAGCUUACCACAAUGGCUUCUUCACCGUGGCCGAAAUAUCGGAGCGAUAUCAAGGAUGCAACGGGCGCUCUCUGAAAUUGAUUUAGAGCGAGGAGAAACGCAAAACGACAUUGCAAUCAAAAGUCUUAUAACUUCUAUGGAGUUUGAACUAGUAAACUGGCCCAUGAGCAGCAAUGACGAAGAUCCUACCGCAGACUUGCAUACAGCCAUAGCGCUACUUAGCAUACGUGCUACUUGCUUAUUUAUGACGGAGAAUAACACCGAUAAUAUCACACUAGCCAACCUUUUUGCUGCCGCAAUCAGUGUUGUGGGCAUGGUCGAUAAUUUAAACAUCUCGGAGCAAUGGCCGUAUUAUGUGUUUGAGGCCGUUGUUCUAGCAGCCGCGGUUCUGCUGAGACUUGUCAAGGGUAUGCCACCGGGUGGUCUUGACCAGUCCUCCGGAAAGACUGCAUUAUUUGCCGCCAUAAAUAUUUUCAAGUCAAUGUCAAUUGUGAACAAUGAUGUUCCGGCUCGUGUAGCAGGAAUCUUUACGAAACUAUGGUCAAGUAACGAGGUCUUCAGGAACUCAAAGGGUGAUUAUGAUAUUUCACUUCACGUUCGGAAUAGGCUGAUAGUCAGCGUUUCUUUUGAUUGCUUCUGGUGGUACAGAAAAGUCGUGGUUGGGUGGCCAAGCUCAGUUAACAUGCAAGAAUCGGAUACUCGUGAAGCCAACUUGGACGGCGUACAAAACUUUUUGGACGAUGACUUUUUCAGUUUUUGGGGGUUUGAUUGGGCAACUGGAGUUGCCUCACCUGGUGAUUUUCCGGAUCCACAAUAUGUGGGCUUUUCACAAGAAAAGGGGAGCGCUCAGUAA